AUGGUUUUUUCUAGACUAAAUAUAAAAAUGAAUUUUAUUCCUAAAAAGGGAAUAGAGGAAUUAUGGAAAAAUAGUUUUUUAGAUAAUGUUAGUAUGAAAAAAAAACUUGAAUAUAGUAAAACAGGUGACGCUUGGCCAUGUGUCUUGCUAAGAAAGAAAAGUUUUGAUGAUCUACAUAAAUUAUACUAUAUAUGUUUAAAAGAAAAAAAUAAAUUGUUAGGAGAACAAUAUUACAAUUUUCAGAAUAGUACUAAAAUGAUAAAUCAUGGAAGAUUAAAAAAAGUAAAAUUAACUAUGAAAAGAAUUUUAACUGUAUUAUCAAGACGAGCUAUACAUGAACAAUGUAUAAGAGCUAAAGAAAUUUUAAAAAAACAAAAAGAAAGAGAAAUUUAUGAAACUCAAAAAUUUCAACUUGAAGAACAAUUAUUAUAUUUGAAACACAAACUAAAUAUUUUAAAAAAUACCUCAUCCUUAGAAAAAAAUUCAUUAAAAUUAUCCAUGAGUAAAAUAGAAAAUAAAAUUGAACAACUGAAUAUUAUUCUUAAUCCAUUAAGAAAAGAAACAAUGCAUUUAUUAAUUCCUCAUUUUAAAUAUCAAAGAAAAUAUUCAGAUUUACCAGGUUUUAUCUCAUGGAAAAAACAAAACAUUAUUGCUCUCAGAAAUAAUAUGAGUAAAUUAUAUAGAUUUUAUUAA